AUGCGUUGGGAGACUAAUUUGGUUGAGUCUCUCCCUCUGCUUGGUCGUCGGCAGUCUAGGGCUAUUUCCACUACGAGGUUUCCGAUUAAUGUUGUGGAUCCUACUAACAAUCCUUCUGAUGUCCUUUUUAAUGAACCUGUGACUGCUUUGUCUAAGCAUGACAAGUCAAAUGUUUUUGAGUCUGUGAAGGAUAGUAAGGAUGGGAUCCUUUAUGGAAUCGGUGACCACUUGGUUAGGCGGAAGGCUCAAUUGGACGCUUUUAGUUUUGUUGGAGGUGGGGCUGGACUGCCUAUCGCUGGUCGUCUGAAAAAGAUAAAAGUUUUUGCAAAUCUUCAUGCUGACUUCGACAUUAUGAGGGUUGCCUUUGGUUAUGGGGCUCCAACUCUUCAAGGCAGUUCUCAUAUUCGUCAUGGAGGAAAUACUCAUCCUAAUAUGUUUGCUUCAGGGUGGAAUUUGACUGCCAAUUCUCGCCUGUCUGUGAGGGUGAAUUGUUUAGAGUCUGCACGUCAUGCUUUUCCCGACGGGUCCAUCGCUGAUAUUGAGCCCUCAGAUGAUCAGACAGUGGGAUAG